AUGGGGCUACGACCAUACUCUCAUGUCAGUGCGAGCUCAAGUCGUACGAAUGACGAGAAGUCUGGAACUAGAGCGACGGAACCGUCGCAACGAAGAGAAGGAUACACCAAGAGAGCACCGGUGUCCACGUUGGAUCAGCGUAAACUUUCGCCCACCGAUUGGCUCGAUCUAUCUGGCGUUAUCCAACCCUCUAUCAGCUUUCGGCAUAAGCUGAAUGGUAACCGUGAAUGGCGAACGUGCUAUCAUAAAUCAUCAGGCGAGCGAUUACCUUUCCCUCCACCCUCGUCCGGAUUCUUCUACUAUCACCAGCCGCCAGGCGCACCUCUUCUUUCCGGAGAACUCCGCUUUCGCCUCACUUCCAAUCAUCUUCCUGAAAGUUUCAAUCAAGGCGAAGAUUGUCUUACCCCAGAAGGAGACGCUUGGAAGAUCCCCCUCUUUCUCCUGUAUCGUAAUCCAUUUCACCGGAAUGUGUAUCAACAGCUUCGGGUGGAUGGGUUCGUCUCUGACGCACUAGAUUCGAAGCUCAAGAGCAUCGCUCAGACUUAUGUCUGUUCCCGCCGCCGCGGCAGCAUUAUUCUUCAUUCGCUUCACCAAGUAUUUCCUGUUGAUUUUUCGGCAACGACCAAGUUCAGGUUCUUCGUGGUGGGAGACUCAACUUUCCAAAGCGUUUCCAUUAGUUACCCCUUUCAAAUGGGUGUUGAGGAGCACGGGAGGGUUUCUUCCUACACAAGUAAGGGGUUGACAAUGACUCUAUUGUGCCCGAACUGGGUGGUGCUCGAUGGAAUCGUCCUCUCGCUCUUUUUGUACAUCUAUCAACUCCCAGGGACAGAGGCAGAGGCACCUGCAUCCGACGCCCACUUUUCUCACUUCCGCCUCCUCGGAUGUUCUGGGUACUGCAACAACAGCGGGCGUAGAUCAUUGAUCAGCACAACUACUCUUACUACUGCAAAGUUGACCCCUUUGAACAAUGAAGGCGAUGGCUCAGAAGAGGGUACCUUCCAAUUACCACUCCCAGAACUUAGUGUUGGUUUCUGGUUCGAUGACUUGCAACAAGAUGUCAAUGGUGAUGUGCAUGACUACAAGAAGACUGAGGGUGACCCCAUUAAGAUAGAACAGAAUAAAUUUCCUGGUUUUUUGACUAAUCACCAGGUUGACAGAGGUUUCGAUUCACAUCCUGGACUAGUGCUUGGAAGUCCAGUCCCAAGACUGCAAAAAGACCACAACUGGACCAGACCAAGACUGCAAAAGACCAGACCUGCAGUCUUGGUCUUUCAGAUUUGA